CAUUCCCCCUCUUCUUAUCUUCCCCCAUCUCUUAAUUCUAUUCACUUCCAACAAAACAAGCCUUUAUUUUUUUCCCUUUCUUUCUUUCUUUCAAUUCCUCAAAGCUCAACAAUGGCAUCCACAACACUGAGCACUUCAAUACCAACAAGAAGAGAUUCAUUUUCAAAUUUGAUUCCAAACAAACCCUUAAAUCCCAAAGUGUUCAAUUUCGCCUUUCUGAAACGUGCUGCCCCACGAGGGGUGGUGGCAACGUGGAGGACGGCGGAGCACGGUGGAGCAUUGGUAGCGGAGGAGGAGGAGGAUGAGGAGAUGGGGAGGAUCCGGAGGCUGCAGAACGGGUCGGACGUGAGAGGGGUGGCGAUCGAGGGGGAGAAGGGGAGGGCGGUGGAUUUGACGGCGGCUGCGGUGGAGGCGAUAGCGGAGAGUUUUGCCGAGUGGAUGAUCGAGGGGAUGGAAUCAGGGCGGCGUGUGAGCAUUUCGGUGGGGAGAGACCCGAGAAUUUCCGGCGGUGCUUUGAGUGUUGCAGUGUUCGCCGGAGUUAGUAGGGCGGGGUGUUUGGUGUUUGAUAUGGGACUUGCCACCACGCCGGCGUGUUUCAUGAGCACCGUUUUGCCUCCUUUUUCAUAUGAUGCUUCUAUUAUGUUAACAGCAUCUCACUUACCAUAUACACGAAAUGGGAUGAAGUUCUUCACGAAGAGAGGAGGGCUAAGCUCGCCGGAGGUAGAGGAGAUAUGCGACAGAGCCGCCGUGAAGUACGCCAACAGAGUGGUCAAAGUCUCCACUCUUCUCCGAACGCCACCGUCGAAGGUGGAUUUCAUGGCGGCUUAUUCACAGCAUCUCAGAGAUAUCAUUAAGCAAAGAAUAAAUCAUCCUUUGCAUUAUGAUACUCCUCUCAAAGGAUUCCAGAUAAUAGUAAACGCGGGUAAUGGAUCCGGAGGCUUCUUCACAUGGGAUGUGUUGGACAAGCUCGGCGCAGACACUUUUGGCUCUCUCCAUCUCAACCCAGACGGCAUGUUCCCCAACCACAUCCCUAAUCCAGAGGACAAAACCGCCAUGUCGCUCACCCGAGCCGCCGUCCUCGAACACGGAGCUGACCUCGGUGUCGUCUUCGACACCGACGUUGACCGUAGUGGUGUCGUCGAUCACGAGGGCAACCCAAUCAAUGGCGACAAGCUCAUUGCCCUAAUGUCAGCCAUCAUCCUCCGAGAGCACCCUGGCUCGACCGUCGUUACCGACGCUCGUACCAGCGUUGCCCUCACAAAGUUCAUCACAAACCGAGGCGGGCAGCAUUGCCUCUACCGCGUAGGGUAUCGGAAUGUCAUCGACAAAGGGAUUCAACUCGAUGCCGACGGAAUCGAGACGCAUCUCAUGAUGGAGACGUCGGGGCAUGGUGCACUUAAGGAGAAUUAUUUUUUGGAUGAUGGAGCUUAUAUGGUAGUGAAAAUUAUUAUUGAAAUGGUGAGAAUGAAGCUAGAGGGAUCAAAUGAAGGAAUUGGGAGUCUUAUAAAAGAUCUUGAAGAGCCAUUGGAGUCUGUGGAAUUGAGAUUGAAUGUGAUUUCUGAGCCAAGUUUUGCAAAAGAGAAGGCUGUUGAGAUCAUAGAGACAUUCAGAAACUUUGUUGAGGAAGGGAAGCUUGAGGGAUGGGAAUUGGACUCAUGUGGAGAUUGUUGGGUGCAUGAAGGCUGCUUGGUGGACCUAAAUGAUAAUCCCAAGCCAAUUGAUGCACAAAUGUACAGGAUUAAAGUAUAUGAUAAGGAAAAUGGAGAGGUUGGUUGGGUACACUUAAGACAAAGCAUUCACAAUCCAAAUCUUGUUUUGAAUAUGCAAUCAUCUCUAUCUGGAGGCUGCCUCCAAAUCACUAGAGACUUCAGAGAUAAAUUUUUGGUGGCAAGUGGAUGUGAUCGUUUCCUUGAUGUGGAUCAGGUGGAGAAGUUCUUAAGCACUAGACUUGCAAGAUAACGAGAUCAAUGGAAAUAAUUGAUUUUGAAGUUAAAUUAAUAUAAAAUAUGGAAAGAUUAUUUUGAAAAAAAAUAUAUAGAAUGAUUAAAAAUGUACAGUGGCCAAAUAUAUAUGUUAUAUAUAAAAUAUAUACACGUUUGCUUCACAUAUAAUUAAUUAAUUGGAUGGAAAGUGUAUCUUAUAAUACUAGUAUUUAUGCAUGCGGAUUGUAUGUGGUA